AGAAGACCUGAGGUUACAUAAAUCAUUGGAUAACUAUUUUUAACAUCAUAUUCUAACGUUUUAUCCUCGAUCACAAAUUAUUCUUUUAUUCUUUAUUCCCUUUGUUCUUCAUUGAUAAUAACAACAUUAUAUACUAGCUGAAAUAGUGUAAUAAAGUAUAUUUAUCGGUACUAACCAAAAAAAACCAAGUAUUUCCGGAAACGGUUCAGGAAUUGCGAUAAUUGCGAUGUAUUAAAGGGGGGCGUUUGUACGGGAAAACAUAAUUUAUAUUUAUCCACUUUUUAAUUCACAGUAAAAAUAUACCCCAUCAUUUCAAAAAAAAAUAAUAAUAAUAAUAAUAUUUCAUUAACUGUUAACAUAAACACUUCACUUAAUAUUCCAAAUUCAAAAGAUGUAUUGGUUAACAUCUUUAUUAUUCUACAAAACCUUCUUAUUAUUUAGCUUAUUCACUACGUUUGUAUUAUCAUGUUCUCCAGAAAUCAAUAAUGAGGAUGUUUUUUCAAUAAGUCGAUCAGAUGAACCCAAGAAUCGAUUUCAACUAUAUUAUGGUGGAGUGAAACCGACUGUUGCUAUUUAUACAGUAAAUGGUGAUGAUAAACCAGUUUCUCAUGAAAUUUUUCAAUUAACACAACCUGCAUCUGAUUCUUAUGAGUUUCGACCGUUUCAAGACUUUUAUCGAACACUUGUUAUUGAAAUGAACAACGUAAUUCCUUUUCAACUAAAUUAUAAUGCUGGUUCUGAAAAUCAAAGAUUUAGUAUUGUUUGUGAUAAAUGUAAUAGUCAGACAAAUUCUGCUGAUUGGGCACCAUAUCAUACUUCAUGUUCGAUAAAGAAUAAAGCAUCUAAUCUUUGUGUAAAGAGUGUAGGUAACAAUAAUAAUUUGAUUCAGUCUGAUUGUGGAAGUGCGAUGAAAUGGGAUCUUAUUGGGAGAGUAUCACCUACAGGUUCGAGUCAAACUCCUAUAAAAACCGAUCCUAAUAACGUUCAAAUCUCAAAAGGUGGACUUGCAGCAACAGUUCUUGGAUCUAUCAUUGGAACGAGUCUUAUUGCUCUCGCGGCUGGUUAUUGGUUUAUCAAACGUAAAAGAAUUUAUCCUGGUCAUGCAUUAAAUACAUAAUUAAUAAUUUGAUUUUAUUAUAUAAUUUUAUGUACUUUAGUGAUAUUAUUAAUAGAUUUUUUUUAAAUAAAUUUUGACUAAGUUCAAUUAACACGUUUUUUUUAUUUACAAUUGAAAAUCGUAUAUUAACACAAGAACAAAUUAGCAGCAAUAUUCUUUACUUUGACCCUGCCUUUAUUAAAAAGAAUUCUUACUUUUGGUCAAGUGGUUUUUGUUAGAAUGAGAAAAUUUGCGUUUUGUAUUUUUAUAUAUAUACCCUAUAAGAAAUA